GAAAAUAUGUCAAUAAUAACAAAGAACCCAGCUGAUAAAGCCGAAAAUAUUCAUGUUUUUGUGCUUGGUUGUGCGAGAAGUUGGCAACGAAUCAUGAAGCGGGUGUACAUUUCGAUUCGCACCACUCAUUUAAGAUCGCAUUCUGCGGGCGACAUGUGCGAAAUUCAACUCUUGGCCUUGGGAGCUGUGGUCAAAGGCCGGACCUUUCACACGUAUAUUUUACCCACGUGCCGAGUCAGUCGGACGGCCUCUAAAAGUCACGGCAUUGCCCGCAUCCGCCAAGUGCUCUACCACUAUGGCACACCCAUCCCGAACAAGGAAAUCCUUUCUCCUGUGACUGCCUUGGGAAGAUUCUGGCGAUUUCUUGAGCAAGUUCUCGUCCCCUCCGACCAUGAUCCCUUGAGAGACCAACCCAUACCCAUCGUGUUGGUGGGAGAGAACACCUGUUACGGGUUUCAACGGGCCAAAGUUCUAUGCUACAACAUCAUCCGCUUCAAAGUACCUUGUCCAAAGUCCAUGAGGAUCCGAUUUGCGUACGAUACCAUCUCGCUCAUGGCCAAGACUUUGGAGCCAACUGUCAAAAAACAAUGGCGAUGUGUCAGUGAAAUCCCUCUUUAUUACUUCCUGAGGAGUUGCCACAAGGUCAAGACCCGGGUUUAUGGCAAGAAGAUUUCCGACGUCACGGCCUUGGAUGAGGCCAUUGCUGUGAAGGAGCUGAUUAGUGGAAUCGGUGAAAUCAAGAACGAAAGUGCGUGCGAGGUAUUAUUGCGUGUGAAGCCGACAGAUUGGACCAUUAUGUAUAGUGAGUGCUUGUCCCAGGUGAGAUUUCCCAAUCGUGAGGUCCGGCAACGGGUUCUGAAACGUAUGGCUUUGCCGGUUUUAGAUCCAUUGUCGGAUGAAGAUCAAGGAGCCAUCUCGAGUGAAAAACCCGCCGACCAGACUUGAAACAACUCAAAAGUGAUACAUGAUACGGAUGUGAGAUACAAAUGUAUUCAUCAUAAUGUGUUGAAAAAUUAGUCUUAUAUUUUGUAUCGGUCUUUUAAUCCGCAAUAACAAUGAAUUAGACCCGA